AGGGAAGCGAUGGAUGGAGCAGCAAAAGCUAGCCAGCUAGCUACUAUAGUGUUAGUGUUUGUGUUUGAGGUCGAGGUUGAUGUUGAGGUGGAUGGCUGUAAUGAUAAUAUUAAUAGCAAUAAUACUGGCCAUGGCGGCAAAGGCAGAGGCAGACAUAGCCAAUGACAGGGAAGAGUGCGCGAACCAGCUGGUGGGGCUGGCGACGUGCCUUCCGUUCGUGGGCGGGGAGGCGAGGGCGCCAACGUCCGACUGCUGCAGUGGCCUCCGCCAGGUGCUGCAGAAGAGCAAGAAGUGCCUGUGCGUACUGGUGAAGGACCGGAACGAUCCCAGCAUCGGCUUAAAGAUCAACGCCACGCUUGCCCUCUCCCUUCCUGCUAUUUGCCAAUCCCCUGCCAAUGUCUCCCAGUGCCCCGAGCUCUUGCACUUACCCCCAAACUCUCCGGAUGCCAAGACUUUCCAGGAUUUUGCCAACGGUGCCAAAGGAAUUAUUAGCAAUACUACGUCCCCACCUGCCAGCGGGAGUUCGGAUGGUUCAAGAGCUGCUUCGAUAAAGAGUGAAGCUGCUGCACAAACAUACAAUACAAGCAGCACCAGGAGCUUCCUUUUUCAUCUUCUCUCCGCACUCCUCACUUCUUCUUUGCUGCUUGCUUUUGGUUGCUUUCCUCCCCAGUCUGCUCUCGUGCCUUUUCCUUUCAACUAAUAAUUAAGACUCUUUAAUUUUAUGUAAAAUGACCACUAUUUUGCAUCUUCUUCUUCUUCUUUCUUCGAUCAAUGUAUUGUUGUUAUUACUAUACUAUUAAUAAAACACAUAUGUAGUGCAUAAGA